AUGGCUACCACCAAUGGAGCAACUUUGACGGCUCCCCGUGAAGGCGGAGGACUCCGAGACGCGGAGAACUCAACAACGCGCAAAUUAACGCGGCAUCGAGGACUAGCUGACGUAGGUAUCUACACUGCACAUAAUCAACUCGGGAUGCGAUACGCCAAUCAAGCGGAGCACGGCCACGCCGGGGUGUAUCUUAAAAAACUCGGCGGACAGUCAGCAUACGCAACAGAUGUGUAG